GUGAUGAAAGGCAAAUGGAGGUUUCUGGACAAGAGGUAGCAGCACCUUUCCCAAAAGGCGUAAAGGAAGUUGUGGAGAAGAUGUUUGGAAAGAAAGAUUCUAAGGAAAAUCAGUUAAAAGUGGGGCUGGAGAAAUGCUCUCCUUUUCAGUGUGCCGAUAUCAGUGUCUUGGCUGAAGAUGAUCACCAAGAAAAAGGAGUGUGUCCAUUGUGUGGAAAAAUUCUCAGAGAUGAAUUGGAAUUAUGUGACUGUUCCAGUAGCCACACUGUAGAAAAACAAAACAAAAUCAGGAAACGCUUCAGAAGGACUAAUCAUCUUAUCUUAAGUCAGGGCAUAAAAGUUGGAGAAAAACCAUAUAAAUGCCUGGAAUGUGGAAAGAGCUUCAGAGACUCAAGUUAUCUUACUUCCCAUAGCAGGAUCCACACAGGAGAAAAACCAUACGAAUGCAAGGAAUGUGGAAAAAGAUUCCAUUUCGCCACAAGCCUCACUUCCCAUAAUAGGAUUCACACAGGUGAGAAACCAUACAAAUGCCAAGACUGUGGAAAACGCUUCACUAUCUCAGGUUCCCUCAUUUACCAUAAGAGGAUCCACACUGGAGAGAAACCAUAUAAAUGCCAGGAAUGUGGAAAAUGCUUCACUAUGUCAGGUUCCCUCACUUCUCAUAAAAGAAUCCAUACUGGAGAAAAGCCAUAUCAAUGCCAGGAAUGUGGGAAGAGUUUCAGAUCUUCAGGUUUUCUUACUUCUCAUAGAAGGUUCCACACCGAGGAGAAACCAUAUAAAUGUACAGAGUGUGGAAAGUGCUUCACCAAUUCAGGUUCCCUCACUUGCCAUAAAAGAAUCCACACUGGUGAGAAACCAUAUCAUUGCAAGGACUGUGGAAAGAACUUCAGACAAAAAUAUCAUUAUACUGUACAUAACAGAAUCCACACUGGGGAGAAACCAUAUAAAUGUCCGGAUUGUGAAAAGAGUUUCCGUUCUGCAAAACAUCUUAUUUCCCAUAAAAGAAUCCACACAGGGGAGAAACCAUAUAAAUGCGAGGAGUGUGGAAAGAGCUUCAACGAUUCCCAAGACCUUAUUGCUCAUAACAGGAUCCACACAGGAGAGAAACCAUAUAAGUGUGUGGAGUGUGAAAAGAGCUUCCGCUCUGCAAAACACCUUACUUAUCACAAAAGGAUCCACACAGGAGUUAAACCACAUAAGUGUAUGGAGUGUGGAAAGAGCUUCCGUUCGGUAAAACACCUAACUUACCAUACAAGGAUCCACACGGGGGAGAAACCAUAUAAAUGCCAGGAGUGUGAAAAAUGCUUCACUAUGCCAGGGUCCCUCACUUCCCAUAAAAGGAUUCAUAGCGGGGAAAAACCAUAUAAAUGCCAGGAUUGUGGGAAGUGUUUCAUAGGUUCAGGUUUUCUGACUUCCCAUAAAAGGUUCCACAGCAAGGAGAAACCAUAUAAAUGCACAGAGUGUGGAAAGUGCUUCACCUAUUCAGGUUCUCUCACUUCCCAUAAAAGAAUCCACACUGGGGAGAAACCAUACGAGUGCAGGGAAUGUGGAAAGAAUUUCAGUCAAAAGUAUAAUUAUACUGUACAUAACAGAAUCCACACGGGGGAAAAACCAUAUCAAUGCACAGAGUGCGGAAAGAGCUUCCGCAAGAGUAUCAAUCUUACUUCCCAUAAAAGGUUACACACCGGGGAGAAACCAUAUAAAUGUAUGGAGUGCGGAAAAGGUUUCAUAAGCAGCAGUACGCUUAGUCACCACAGGAGGAUCCACACAGGGGAGAAAUCAUACAAAUGCGAUGAAUGUGGAAAAUGCUUCUCUAAUUCAAGUUCCCUUAUUUCCCACAAAAGGAUCCACACAGGGGAAAAACGAUACAAAUGCCCUGAGUGUGGGAAAUGCUUCACUAAUUCAAGUUCCCUGACUUCCCAUAAAAGAAUCCACACGGGGGAGAAACCAUAUAAGUGCAUGGAGUGCGAAAAGAGUUUCACAACCAGCAGUCACCUCAGUCGUCACAAGAGGAUCCACACAGGGGAGAAACCAUACAAAUGCACUGAGUGUGGAAAAUGCUUCAGACAAAUUAGUGCACUUAAUACCCAUAGAAAGGUUCACUCAGGCGAGAAAUCAGAGAGAAACCAUUUAAGUGUGCUAAUUGUGGAAAGAGUUUCUACGGGAACAGAAUUGUUCUUUCGCAGAAAUGCAUCUAUACCGGAGAGAAUUCAUAUAAAAUGCCCGGAACAUGGAAAGAGGUUCAGAACAAUCAGUUGCCACAAGAUAAUCCACAUUGGUUCCAAAUAAAAUUUUCCAUGUAAUUAUGGAGCCAUGGUUGAAGUCCAGCCCCAUAACGAUGCCAUUCAAAGCACAGAUUCUCUGACUGAGAAGAAUAAACCAUUAUUGA